AUGUCUCACCCAAAUACCAAAUCUAGUAUUACUUCUAAGAAGGCCUGUAAUAAGGAUGGUACCUUUGUAGCUAAAGUUAUGAAUGAAAUAAAGAAAAGCAUAGAUACUCUGGAAGACUGGGAGUUAUUUGAAAUAACACAUGACAACUUUCAAGAUUACACAUUAAAAGCUAUAGAAUGGUAUGAAAAUGCUGAUAAAACAUUAAAAUCUACUUUUUAUACUA